AUGAAUAAAUUUGGCAAAGAAGCACUUGAUGUCCACAACAAGUACCGAGUCCUUCAUCAAGUACCUGAGUUAAAGUGGUCAAGAAAGCUAGAGAAAGACGCAGAAACGUGGGCCAAUCAGCUGGCCAAAGAAGGCCGCCUGAAACACGAAGACACAGAUGACGGAGAAAAUGUGUAUGCUGUAAUGGGAAAAGAUGACGUUACUGGAGCAGAAGUCGUUGAUCGGUGGUAUUCAGAAGUUGAAAAGUAGGUAGAAGAAUUAAACAAUAUAUUUGACAUUACGGUGAUAUGAAAAAGAACACUUUGUGCGUUACAAUCGCGAUACUCCUGCAUGACACUGGACAGGCCUGCGGAUGAGACAAAUCAGUGCUCUUUUAAAUAGUUCAUUUCUCGAUAAUUUCAUGCAGCCAUAAAUAGAUCGAAAUAUCCCAAUCCGAAGUUAGAAAUACUUGUUCUUUAGAUUAAGCCCAUCACAUCUUUUCGGAGUUGCAUCACAGGACAUUGUCAGUUAGUUAAACGUUUUUCUCUUUUUGCUAAACACCAUUUGCCUUGGUCCAUGUUAAAGCCAUGGGAAAAAAAUGGUAUCUUACAUAGACGCAAGCUAAUUCUCAAGUUCGUUCUUUUCUGGUAUCCCUUAUUUAAAUCUGAAUGAACAUGACUUGCGGUCUUCUCAUCGGGCAGAAUGGCUUGAUAUUUACGCAUAAUAAUGAGCUACUGUUGCGGACUAUAUUCAAGCAUGAACACCCCACAAAAGCGCCACAAUAAGAGAGAAAAGGAAGGAAUUUGGCGAAGAUCAUUCACUAAAAUCGCCAUUUUAAAACAGUCAUAGUCUACUUUUUUUUAGAUAAAACAGCGGCCUUUGUACUUAAAGGGUUAAUCUUCAACGUUACGUAAAAAACAGGAAAAUUCAACGAGAUUAACUUGUAGACUUUUUGCUUUCAAAACUCCGUUUUUUCGGUGUUUCUAGUAUGAGUUAUAAAAGAAUGCAUUAAAAUUCAGUUUGGAUUUUUUUGUCGAAAUAAGCGACAAACUCCGUAUAAAACAACGGAUAAUCGAAGAUGCACAUCUCCCCUACACAUAAGAUAAGAGUAAAGACGGGCUCAUAUAUGUCCAUGUUUUCUAUCUCUGACAGAUACGACUUCAACAAGCCUGGAUUUAAAAGCGGCAUUGGUCAUUUUACCCAGGUCGUGUGGAAGGAAACCAAGGAAUUAGGAAUUGCCAAGGCCAAAGGCGAUGAUGGAAAGAUCUUCGUUGUGGCUCGAUAUCAUCCGGCGGGAAAUUACAUGAAUCAGUUUCAGGACAAUGUUAAACCCAAGGUAGAUGUUUGCCAUUUAAAGGUUCUAUAAUAAGCUUAAGACUGUGUGUUCGGAAAGACCUUCAUCACUAUUCAGCUUUGCAUGUCUCACUUAUAAGUGCUGAGAAGGGUGGUGCAUGAACACUUUCAUGAUUAACUUGCUGGAAUAGUUUUAAAAAUGCCAACGGGAGAAGAAAAAUAGAAGAUUAAACAGGGCUGAAGGAGAUCUAAUAUAAAACGCCAAAUACGACUGAUAAGUAAGAAAAUAACUGGUAGAAAUACGUGAAUUUAAUUCUGAGGAUUUUUUUUAAUAAACUCUCUGUUUGCUGUCUCAAGGCAACUGAACAGAAUGGCGAUGUCACCAAGCCGAAGGAGACAAAGAAUAUCACCAGUGAUUCGGAAAAAAGAGGUAGGCCCCAUUAAGAGCCCACCUUUGUAAUAUGAGUUGAUAUCCAUAUUUCUCUGAGAAGUUCUUAUCUCCUAAUGAUAAUUUCAGUAUGAUAGAGAAAAUGAUCAUCAGCAUCAGAAGCAUAGUUAAAAUGUUUCUGUCAGCAUCAAUCAACAAAAGACUUUCGAAAUGGUACUUGAGCGAUCCGCUAAACUAAGAAUUAUAUCCUUUUGUUUUCGUUUACCUUUUAUUUCGUGUGUGUCGUUUCGUUUUAGUAUUUGUUUUGUAGUGUGAUGGCUGUUUUCAAAUAAAUGCGGUGAUUUUUUUUGCUUAAUGCCAGUUCUAUAGUUUAUCCAACAACAAAAUUACCAUACGUAGUACGGACUCCGUUGGAGACGAGCAAAAAACAUGUUUUAAUUGAGUUUAGGGUAGGACCCUUUAACCGGAGCUUAAACUUAAUCUUUUCCAACUAACCAACAUAUUUAACCAUUCUUUUAGACUGUAAAGCCACAUCCUCUCCUAAAGAAGAAUUUCCAAAGCAAUCUCUGGACGCGCACAAUAAGUUUCGUUCAAUGCAUGGCGUGCCACCCUUGAGUUGGGCUGAUGACCUGGCCAAGGAUGCACAAGCGUGGGCAGAAAAGCUGGCAAAUGCUCGAACAUUACAGCAUGCCAGUAAGAGUGAAAGAAAUGAUGCUGGAGAGAAUAUAGCCAUGUUCACAGGGAGCUUUGAUACAGCUGGAGAAAAAGCAACCGACAUGUGGUACGUAAUAUGCAGACUGCUUCAUUGAGAACUAGGACAGGAAACAAUAUAAACUAAGAACAACUCCAGAUUCAGUUUACUGAGAACAAAAUUUAUGAAAGGUAUCCCUGUGGAGCUUUCAAAAUGUGUAUACCAUUAAGAUUGUUUUGUUGUAAUUAUAAAUCGUAUUAGUUUCCAGAUUAUUCAAUCCACACUCACAACCAAUACACCAGGCAACGCCAAAUAAAUCCCUGAACGAUGCUUUACAAACGCAAGGCAGAUAGGACAGCUGAAAUUCUUUUUUCUUUAAAUUGUCAAUAAUCGCUUCUUCGGCUUAAACAGACGGGGAUGGUCGGUAACAGCUACAUUUGUAGUUAAAGGUGUCUGAAUGAAGUACUUAUGAAAACUAUUACUUGAAUGAAAAGAGUCUCACUAAUUAUUUCAGUUAGCCUGCGUAGCUUCGCGCAAUAACUCGAUUGGAAACGCUUGCUACGCAUGCUAUAUUUUAAGCUUGCUCUACGUUUGACUUGAUUGCCUCUUGUUGCAGGUAUGGCGAAUACAAAGACUAUGAUUUCAGUCGUGGUGGAUGGCAGAAAGGAACUGGGCAUUUUACGCAGGUCGUAUGGAAAAGUACCAAAGAGUUGGGAAUUGGCAGAGCGAAAACCGCGGACGGAAAAUUGACGUUUGUGGUUGGCAGAUAUCGCCCUGCAGGCAACAUAAUCAACUACAUGGCAGAUAACGUUUUUGACUUGAGCCACAAAGCAUAAAUUCAAACACAGUCUGAACGUUUGAGUUUGUAACCUUUAAGAAUCAACGCGCAUUCCUUGAAAUGGUCUGUUAGAGUCAAGUGAAUAGUUUAGGACUGGUUGAUAGGCCAAACUACAGUUAAAAAUUAGGAUUCGAUGGAAACAAGAUUUUAAAUAAUAAUUUUGAGGCGGUCCUUUCAUAAAGUGAUUUGUUUUAUAGUCUGCAAAGAAAAACUUGACGCGUGGGAGAAAACUUCUCAUCGAGUGGUAAAUGUAAUGGUGCACUGCUACACAGUCUGAAUUCAUAGAUUUUGAAAUGUUCCCCGCUCCGAGACCGCAAAACAGUUUUCCUGUUGGUUGUAAUGUAUUACUUAUCGCGUUCGAAGGCAACAAGCCAUCUAGAUCUAUUUAGGGUUCGUUUCAUCUUGUUUUAAAUUUGAUGGGG